AUGCAUCUCGGGCAAGGAUACCAAUUGACUGACUGGACAAGAUGCGCCGGACGCGGGUGCUGCUGCAGGCUCGCCGGCCUCUCUCCCUUCCCAAGUCGCCCUCUCCUCUGCGCCGGAGAAAGAGAAUGUCUCUUCAAAGUCGAAAACGAGAGUGCGCCCCGUGGCGAUGACGGUGGCGCAGUGGGCAUGUUUACUCUGUCUGCUACGCAAGCUACUGUACACGACCUUCGCAAGGCCAGCGACUUCAGCACCAUCUAUCCGUCAACAGCGAUGUAUCAGAACCGGUACAAGAAGACCGCCGGCCAGUACGACAGCGACGUAGACAUGGCCGAGCGCAUGAUGCGCAUGGGCAAGAAGCGACGCGACCUCGUCCGCCAGGCCCGGGGGAGACGUGCUGGAGGUGAGCGUGGGCACUGGCCGCAACCUGCCUUACUACCUGCUGGGCGAGCGACGGGGCGUGGACAAGGACGGCAAGGCAGCAGUGCUGGGCUGUCGCAGCGUGACUUUUAUCGACCUGUGGCCGGAGAUGGUGGACAUUGCGCGGACGCGAUGUCAGAUAUCUCCCCGCCUGGCAGUAAAGGAAGUAAAGGGGAAAGGCAGAAGUUCGACACGGUGGUGCAGACGAUGGGCCUGUGUUCGCACCCUGAGCCGGUGAAGCUGCUGCAGCAUCUGGGUCGACUUACCAAAGGACCAGAAGAAGGAGGAGGAGGAGGAGGGAGGAUCCUGCUGCUGGAGCAUGGACGCGGCCACUACGGCUGGCUCAACGGGCUGCUGGACGGUCUGGCGGCUGCCCACGCCGACCGCCACGGCUGCUGGUGGAACCGGGACAUCGGCGAGAUCGUGAGGCAGAGCGGGCUGGAGGUGGUCGAGGCAAGGCGCUACCACCUAGGGACGACCUGGGAGUUUACCCUGAAGCCAGCAGAAGUAUCAGAAGUAUCGCAGGUAUCAGAAGUAUCACAGUAG